CAUAACCGGCGCUCGUAAUAGUUCAGUCGCGCUCGGUACCAUGAAGUUCAAUGUUGCAGCUAUACUCUCGGUGGUGUGCGUCCUCUUUACUGUGAAGCAAAUACAGUGUGUUAGGAUCCUCGCGAUCAUCCCUACGCCUUCGUACAGCCACCAAAUUCCCUUCCGACCAUUAUGGAUAGAACUGAAUAAACGCGGCCACGAAGUCGUUCUAAUCACACCGAAUCCCAUCUCAAACCUGAAUCUAACGAAAUUCACACAAAUCGACAUCGGGGCAUCUUAUAAAGUUCUCAGAGAUAUCAAUUUUGUGCAUCAUCGAUUCGAACAUGUUUCCUGCUUGAAAUUCAUAGAGGACAAUCUAUUUUCAAUGGCCGAGGAUAUUACGCAUCACGUGCUAAAUCAUACGGAUGUGAUAAAGUUGUACGCCCCUAACAGCAACGAACACUUUGACUUGAUAAUGACCGAACUUCUCAUCACGCCAGCCAUAUACACCUUCGCUCAUCGAUUCAAUGCUCCUUUAAUAGGACUUUCCUCGCUAGGAACAAUUUCAUUUAACAAUCACAUCCAAGGUGGACUCGUCUUACCUUCGCACGAGGCCACCUGGGAAAUGGAAGACAACACAGGACCGAACCUGCCAUUCUGGAAGAGACUGCAAAAUUAUGUGAAUCUGUGGCACAAUACGUACAUUUUAUACAAUUACUUCAUUCCCCUUCAACAGAAGCUGGCCGAACAGUAUUUCGGACCGGAUAUACCGCCGUUACUUGACAUACAGAAGAACGUCAGUGCCGUGUUUGUUAAUGAGGCCGAUGCCAUGACACCAGCUCGACCAAAGCUCACAAACAUGAUCUCGUUCACUUCGUUCCAUGUGGAUCAAAACCCGAAACCACUCCCGAAGGAAUUGAAGCAUUUCGUCGAUAACGCACGCGAGGGAUUUAUCUACUUUAGUCUUGGCAGCAAUGCAAGAAGUUCAGAUUUGCCGAAAGAUACGUUACAAGUUUUUCUGGACGUGUUCGCCAAGUUGCCUUACAAAAUCGUGUGGAAGUUCGAGAAGGACCUGCCAGGGAAACCGAAAAAUGUAUUCAUCGGAUCAUGGUUUCCUCAACAGAGCAUCCUCGCCCAUCCUAACAUCAAAUUGUUCAUAUACCAAGGAGGUCUACAGAGCAGCGAGGAAGCUGUACAUUUCACUGUUCCGCUUCUAGGAUUUCCUGUGAUGGGAGAUCAGCCAUAUCAAACUAAAAGAAUGGAGACUCUUGGUGUAGGGAAACGUUUAGAUCUUACUUCUGUCACGAGGGACGAGUUGGAAGGUGCAAUCAAAGAAAUCAUAACUGAUAAGCAAUAUAAGAAGAAAAUGAUCGAACUCAAGGAAACCAUUAAUGACAGACCGUACGAUUUAAUGGAGCACCUUGCUUGGUGGACGGAAUAUGUGAUCCGUCACAAAGGAGCCCCGCAUCUACGAACCAGUUUAGCUAGACAACCAUGGUACCAACGUCACGACAUGGACAUCAUAGUAUUCCUGACGACCGUAGCAUCUAUAAUAGUUUUAAUUAAGCUCAUCACGACUGUCAAACUUGUCGUGUAUUUAAACAAAAACAGUAAAUCCAUAAACCAAAAACACAAAAUUAAUUAUUGUUCAUCGUUACUAGUCAAUACAACACGAGCUAUGCCCACAAAUCACGAACGAUUAAAUAAGCCACGACAUCUGUUUAAAAUAGACUCUUGGUGCAAGCCUGUUUCAAAGUUUAGUGUUUCUGUGACCGGCCUACACAGUGGAUCAUUCGCGGCGUGCACAAUGAAGUUCAGUGUCGCGACCAUACUUUUGGUGGUGUCUUUCCUUUUUGCCGCGAAGCAGAUCCAUUGCGCCAGGAUCCUCGCGAUCGUACCAACACCUUCGUACAGUCACCAAAUUCCAUUUCGACCAUUAUGGAUCAAUCUGAAUAAGCACGGUCACGAAAUUGUUUUCAUCACCGCGAAUCCUAUCCCUAACCUGAAUCUAACGAAAUUCACCCAAAUCGAUGUCAGCUCGACCUACCCUGCUGUCAAAGAAAUCAAUUUCGUCCGCCUUCGAUUCGAGCAGGUUUCUUGCCUGAAAUUAAUCGAGGACAAUAUCCUUCCAAUAAGUGACAAUGUAGUGGUAGACGUGCUGAAUCAUACGGAUGUGAGAAAAUUGUACGCGCCUAACAGCAACGAACAUUUCGACCUGGUGAUGAUUGAAAUGCUCAUGAUGCCAGCUCUGUAUGCCUUUGCGCAUAGGUUCAACGCGCCUCUGAUAGGUGUCACGACGCUAGGUAUUACUACAUUUAAUGAGCACGUUUUCGGCGGGCCCAUCCUGCCUUCGCACGAGGCCACCUGGGAAAUGGACGCGAACACAGGACCAAACCUGCCAUUCUGGAAGAGGCUGAAAAAUUUUUGGGACUUGUGGCGCAGCGUGUACAUCAUUUACAAUGAACUCGUUCCCCGUCAUCAAAAAGUAGCCGAGAAGUAUUUCGGACCUUUGCCGCCAUUGCUCGACAUACAAAAGAACAUCAGUGUCGUGUUUGUCAAUCAGGCUGAAGCUAUGGUAGCGGCACGGCCUAAACUCCCGAACUUGAUCACGUUUACCUCGUUCCACGUUGCUGAUAAUGUGAAACCACUGCCUCAGGAUUUAAAACGAUUCGUGGACGACGCGCGCCAGGGUUUCAUCUACUUUAGUCUUGGUAGCAAUGCAAGAAGUUCAGAUUUACCCGAAGAAACCUUACAAGUUUUUCUCGACGUGUUCGCCAAGUUGCCUUACAAAGUCGUGUGGAAGUUUGAGAAGGAUCUGCCAGGGAAAUCGAAAAACGUAUUCAUCGGGUCAUGGUUCACUCAACAGACCAUCCUCGCCCAUCCUAACAUCAAGUUGUUCAUAUACCAAGGAGGUCUACAGAGCAGCGAGGAAGCUGUACAUUUCACUGUUCCGCUUCUAGGAAUUCCUGUGUUGGGAGAUCAGAUAUAUCAAACUGACAGAAUGGAGACUCUUGGUGUAGGGAAACGUUUAGAUCUUACUACUGUCACGAGAGACGAGUUGGAAGGUGCAAUUAAAGAAAUUAUAAAUAAUAAAGAAUAUAAGAGAAAAAUGAUUGAACUCAAGGAGCUCGUUAACGACAGGCCCUACGAUUUAAUGGAGCAUCUUGUUUGGUGGACGGAGUAUGUGAUUCGCCAUAAAGGUGCCCCCCAUCUUCGAUCCAGUUUGGCCCACCAACCAUGGUAUCAACGUUACGACACGGACAUUGUUAUAUUCUUAACGAUUAUAGGGUUUAUAAUAAUUUCUAGCGUACUUAGUUUAAUUGUCAAAGCUAUCCUGUUUUUCUAUACAAGGAGCCAGUCAUGUUCCGCGAAUCAGAAAAAAAAGUCGACGGACAAUAGUUCUACAACCGUUUCUAGCAUCGGUUCGUUCGCGUGCAUCGCGAUGAAGUGUUCCGUCGCAACCAUACUUUCUGUCGCGUGUGUCUUCUGUGUCGUGAAGCAACUACAAUGCGCCAGGAUCCUAGCAAUAGUCCCGACGCCAUCGUACAGUCAUCAGAUUCCUUAUCGACCGUUAUGGUUCGAACUGCACAAACGGGGCCACGAAAUCGUCCUCGUCACUGCGAAUCCUAUUCCCGACUUGAAUCUGACGAACUUCACUCAGAUUAACGUUGCAGGAUCUUACGCCGAUUUAAGGCGAAUCGAGUUCAUCACCCUUCGCUUCCAACAGAUGUCCUGGUUAUCUUUCUUAGACCAGAAUUUGUUGCAUUUGUGUGACGUUUUUUCACAUCAGGUAUUCAAUAACACGGAGAUGAAGAAGAUGUACGCUCCUAACAGUUCCACAAAAUUUGAUGUAGUGAUGGCUGAGAUGUUGUACAUGCCCGCCAUUUAUGCAUUUGCUCACAGAUUUAACGCCCCCUUAAUAGGACUCAGCUCGCUGGGGAUUCUUGCAAUUAACGAACACGCUCUCGGUGGUUUCGUGCUGCCUUCGCACGAGUACACUUGGGAAUUGGAAGCAAACACAGGAUCGAACCUGUCAUUCUGGAAAAGGUUGCAAAAUUAUGUGAACCUGUGGAGAAGUCUGUAUUACAUCUAUCACGAGCACUUUCCCCAUCAUCAGACGCUAGCCGAAGGAUACCUUGGAACGGAUCUACCACCAUUGCUAGACAUACUGAAAAACACCAGUCUUAUAUUUGUCAAUCAAGCUAAUGUUAUGACCCCAGCUCGACCGAUGCUCGCGAAUAUGGUCACGUUUACGUCGUUCCACGUAGACGAAAAACCGAAACCCCUGCCGAAGGAUUUACAACGCUUCCUGGACAGCGCAUCGGAAGGAUUCAUCUAUUUCAGUCUCGGUAGCAACGCGAUGAGCUCAGAUAUGCCAAGAGAAACUCUUCAGGUUUUCUUGGAUGUAUUUGCCAAGUUGCCUUACAAAGUCGUGUGGAAGUUUGAGAAGGAAUGGUCAGAUAAGCCGGACAAUAUCUAUGUCAAUCCAUGGUUCUCUCAGCAGAGCAUCCUCGCACACCGAAACAUCAAGCUGUUCAUAUACCAGGGAGGUCUACAAAGUUCCGAGGAGGCAGUGCAUUUCACGGUACCCCUUUUAGGACUUCCGGUGUUGGCGGAUCAGGACUAUCAAGUGCGCAGAAUGGAAGCACUCGGGGUCGGCAAGGUUUUAGAAAUCACGACUAUACAGAGAGACGAGUUGGAAAGUGCCAUUCGAGAGAUCAUAACUGAUAGAAAAUAUAAGGAAAAUAUGAUUCGUCUCAAGAAUACCGUCAAUGACAACCCUUACAAUUUAGUGGAUCAUCUAGCUUGGUGGACAGAAUACGUGAUUCGUCACGAAGGUGCCCCUCAUCUUCGUUCCAACUUGGCUCACCAACCAUGGUAUCAACGUAGCGACAUGGACAUCGUGGCAUUCUUGAUACUCGCAACAUGUCUACUAGUUUUAAUCGCGUAUAAAAUAUUUGCCAAAAUCUUUGCGCAUUUCGGCAAUCAGGAAUGCAGAGCAUUUCCAGGAAAUCAAAAGCAGAAAGUCAGUUAACCAUGUGACGACAGGAUAUGCAACUUCAAAGUAAUAUCAAUGAGUCAACGAAACAAGUUUCAACUGCACUGUAUAUUUGUAGUAAUUAGUGAAAGAUUAAAUAAGGAUUGAUACAAAAUUUCCUCGAAAUCUCAUGUGCUUGUAAAUUUCGAGCAAUCGCAAAUAACGAUAACAAGAAUAUUUUAUUAUAAAAUACAAUAAUUGUAUAUUAAUGCCACUGUGUAAUUAUUGUGGCCGGAAAAUUGGGGUUGUUUGGAUUGACAAUGCGAGCUUGAUAAUUAGAAAUUAAUUAUCGUAUAUUUUCGUUUGUGCGGCAGAAAUUAUUUGGGAACGAAUGGCCCAGAUUCGAGUGAAUUUUGUCCCCGCGAUACAUAUUUCAGUGUCCUUCGUUAAAAUAUAUUGCCAUUAAUAUGCCUUGUUGAAUUAGAUAUCAGAUCGAUGUUAAUCAAAAUUGUUUUUAUCGCUCGGCCAACAGGAUACGUCAUCAACGAGUUAAAUGGAAACCGCAGAAAAUUUAUUAGGACGUUUCUGGGUUAAUGAGUAGUCGACUUGCAUCUGCGCUCGAGAUAUGCUAUUUUCGAGUAUGCAAUGUAACCGCUUUGAAAAUUUAAUA